GUUAGGUACACUACACUACACGCUACCCUGAACUGUGCUGUUAAAUGUUCACUAAUCCAUCUCCCAUCUACACCUCCAAAAACAGUCUUCUUCCUCGUCCAUUCGUGCAUUCGUUCCACUGCCAGUGACGAUUCGAAAUGCAGCAGAGAAUAUCGUGACACUUGCACACUCAACACCUUCACCAUCGGUAAUGAUAGCUGGAUCGACCAGCUACAAACGAUGACUUCAAUUGAUAAGCCGAAAACAACGAUCAUUAAGCAAUGCCUUCUAACGGAUCCUGUUGCCAUUCAAAACGUCAUGGAAUUGGCCAGCAAGCUGUUCACCGAACUCACCAUCCAAAGCUACCACGAACAGGCGCUCUCCUUAACGCCUCGUUUGGCCAUUGAGACACUGGAGCUGCAAUCGGCACCGGCAUUAAAGCACCUUACCAUUCUGCCCAACCACCAACUUCGAUCGCUAUACAUCGUUAACAGUGCCGUGCGCCGCAUCCCCGACACGAUCGUCAAUCUGCGUAAUCUACAGUUUCUCGGCAUUGAAAAAUCCUUCCUACGUCUGCUAGACCUCAGCGUGCUGUGCUAUCUUCCCAGGCUGACCACACUGCAGGUGUUGCGGAAUCACAUCAGCUUACUACUGCCCGUGCAUGAGUCUUCCUGUGUUAACUCGCUACGCGAUCUACAUCUGGAUUAUAAUCAGCUUACCACGCUGGACAUUGCCGUACUUGCCCCAUUUACUGCAAUGCAGCGAUUGCUUCUACAGCACAAUCGUAUGCAUUCGCUCUUUGCCUCGCAGCCCACUUCUUUCCCACUGCUCCAAGAGCUACAGCUAGGACCGGGUAACAACUUUACGUGGAUUGAGUUUGAGCAGCUAGAUCUUCCGGAAACACUGACCGCCAAUCUACCAGGCAAUCAGUUUCAGUGGCUGCCUACAAUUAGGAGCGCAAACCUGCCCAAUCUGCAGCGUAUUUACCUGGAUGGCAAUCAGCUCAGCACGAUCGAUUUGGCACAGUUGCAGGAGCACCAGCAGCUAAAUGGGAUUGAUUUCUCCCGCAACCGAUUGCGCACGGUUACAGCUAGCGAGCUGAUACAUCUGCCCAAUCUAACAUCGAUUGAGCUGGUGGAUAAUAUGCUCGAGUCGUUUUCGCUAGCCAACUGUAGCUUUCCUCAGCUGAACUACCUUUACUUGAAGGGCAAUCGGUUGCAGUUUGUACCGGCAGAGGUGUACACGAGCGAGCUGUCACCGACUUUCAUGCUGAACGUGGAAAAGAACCCAUUACGUUGUGCGUCGGUGCAGAGCUACUUAAAUCUAAUAAGCAUUACCACUAUCAAUCCACCACUGAUAGUCACAAUUGCCCGAAAGUGUGCAACAAUGAACUACAACGGCUCGAUAUCGUUGGAUAAAUGGAAUUCCGCCUGCUGUAUGAACGUACCUUGAGGUGAGGCGAUCUUUAAAAAGGAAGCAAGACAGCAAGACGGCGAUGUUAUUGUCCCAAGUGUGAGUGUAAUAAACCAUUUAAAUUCGGAUAAUUUAAUUGUGUUAUGAAUUGUUUUGCACCUGAGAGACAUGAUUAUUCUACGGUGACGAUCAUUUGAAGAUCACCAAAAUUGGUUCGAGAUCAGUCACAUAAGUGAGCUUGUUUGUUAGAAAGUGAUCGACAAGACAUGGAUAAUAUCUGAAGUAACAACUAUCACUUCAUUCUGUGCCACAGCAGCUAGCGCAAUUGCUUCUGUGCCGCAGGGCUAACUUGCCAAAUAUCGUCAACAAUCUUCUGACACCCAGGCAGACGAAAGAUCACCUUGCCACAGCCGUCAGUGGUGGAGCUAUAGAACAACAAAGUUAGGACUGUUACCGUUACUCAGCUAAAUACAACUAGGUUGAAG